GGAAACCGUGCCGUUAUGUCGACAGGCUGAGUGGGUUAAAACAGUUCGUUCUGCACGUUAAACCCAAGUUUUAAACGCAAGUGGAUGUUUUUUUCUUUCACCGGUCCUGUAGAGGGCAUGUUUAGGGUUUUGUUUUAUUUGAAAGUACCCGCAAAACUCUGAAGUUUAACGAAGUGGAAGCGUUAAAGAGGACUCGUUGGAUUCGCCCUGUGGAUCCAUGCACACUCGGUCUGGAUAGCAUUCUCAAGACUGCGAGCUGCAGGCCAUCUUCUGAUGGGUACACACUGAGGCAACGCACCGAGAGAACCGCAAAUCAUUCACAAGAGACAGGAACUGUGAAAGAAUGAAGACGAGCUAGAUAGUGUGGUCUCUCUCAGAGCUGCAGGAGGUUUUCUUGGAAGUAUACAAGUGCAUUUGAACUAGCAAAUGGACUCAAAACAUAGUCGGAGAACCCUGAAAAGUUACUUUGCUUAUUGAAUCUUCUGAAAAGCACAAAGGUGAUCAAUAUGAGUGCUGAAGGAUAUCAGUACAGAGCGCUGUAUGACUACAAGAAGGAGAGGGAGGAGGACAUUAACCUGCAUGUGGGGGAUAUACUGUUGGUGAGUAAAGGAGCGCUGGUGGCUCUCGGGUACACCGAUGGGCUGGAACAGAGGCCAGAUGAGAUCGGCUGGCUACCAGGCUUCAAUGAAACCACUCAGGAGAAAGGCGACUUCCCCGGGACGUACGUUGAGUUCAUUGGAAAGAAGAGGAUGUCCCCCCCCACGCCCAAGCCAAGGCCCCUCAGACCCUUACCUGUAGCUCCAGGUGGCUCCAGGGGGGAGAACGACUCGGACUCGGAGCAAGGCUUCUAUCUGCUGGACUUGACGGAGCAGUUUUCCCUCCCGGAGACCAGUCCACCCAUGCUGGCCAGCCUGCUGGAAGCCAUCGAGAGGAAAGGUCUGGAAAACCCCACUUUAUAUCGAACAUUUACUGCUGGCGGUGGACUUGAAGUCAGACAGUAUUUUGAAUGUGACCCUCCCUCACCAGACCUGGAUCAGGUGGAACUUCUCGUCCUGUGUGAUGGUCUGCGCAGGUACCUGCAGGAUCUCCCGCAGCCCGUCAUCCCCACUGCAAUAUAUACUCAGAUGGUCCACACUGCCAAAGAGGUGGGGAAUCCUGAGGAAUGUGCCAAGCUACUACGUCGCAUCGGCAGCACCCCGAGCCUGCCUCCCCAAUACUGGCUAUCCCUCCACUGUCUGCUAAGGCAUUUCUCGAGAGUGUGCCAAAACGGCUCCAAGAACCUGCUCAGUGCCAGAGCCCUGGGCGAGAUCUUCAGCCCCGUGCUCUUCAGACAGCAGGCCACCAGUUGUGAACCCAGCUUGGAUGCUCACAUCAAGAUCAUUGAGGUUCUGGUGACGAGCGAAUGGAGUGAAAGUCAGGCAGCUCCAGCUCUACCUCCAAAGCCACCCAAGCCCACACCUGUGACUAACAACGGUAUGAACAACAACAUGGCGCUGCAAGACGCCGAAUGGUACUGGGGAGACAUCUCAAGGGAGGAGGUCAACGAGAAGCUGAGGGACACCGCGGACGGUACUUUUCUGGUGCGAGACGCCUCCACAAAGAUGCACGGAGACUACACUCUGACUCUGAGGAAAGGAGGAAACAACAAGCUCAUUAAAAUAUUCCAUCGGGAUGGGAAGUACGGCUUCUCAGACCCGCUGACCUUCAGCUCAGUCGUUGAGCUCAUCAACCACUAUCGCAACGAGUCUCUGGCUCAGUACAACCCCAAGCUAGACGUCAAGCUGCUGUAUCCCGUCUCCAAACACCAGCAGGAUCAGGUGGUGAAAGAAGACAACAUAGAAGCUGUCGGGAGGAAGCUCUGCGAGUACCACCAGCAGUACCAGGAGAAGAACAAAGAGUACGACCGUCUGUACGAGGAACACACCAGAACGUCACAAGAAAUCCAAAUGAAGAGGACAGCCAUCGAGGCUUUUAAUGAAACCAUCAAGAUAUUUGAGGAGCAAUGCCAAACACAAGAGCGGUACAGCAAGGAGUAUAUCGAGAAGUUCAGGAGAGAAGGCAACGACAAGGAGAUCCAGAGGAUUAUGGGCAACUACGAGAAGUUGAAGUCCCGGAUUAGUGAAAUCGUAGACAGCAAGCGCAGACUGGAGGAAGACCUGAAGAAACAGGCGGCAGACUACAGAGAGAUCGACAAGAGGAUGAACAGCAUCAAGCCAGACCUCAUCCAGCUCCGCAAGACCAGAGACCAGUACCUCAUGUGGUUGACCCAGAAGGGAGUCAGACAGAAGAAACUCAACGAGUGGCUCGGAAUCAAGAACGAGAACACAGAAGAUCAAUAUUCUAUGGUGGACGAUGACGAAGACCUUCCUCAUCACGACGAGCGGGCCUGGAAACUGGGCAACAUCAAUCGACUGCAGGCGGAGGCUCUCCUCCAGGGCAAGAGAGACGGAACAUUCCUGGUUCGAGACAGCAGCAAAGCGGGAUGCUACGCCUGCAGCGUUGUUGUGGAAGGCGAGGUGAAGCACUGCGUCAUCAAUAAGACCCCCUCAGGUUUCGGCUUCGCCGAGCCGUACAACCUGUACAGCUCACUGAAAGAACUCGUACUUCACUACCAGCACACGUCUUUGGUCCAGCACAAUGACUCUCUCAAUGUGACGCUAGCGUACCCGGUGUACACCCAGCAGAGACGGUGAGGACCCGGAUGUUUCCACAUGGACACAAAGAAAAGGCCUCAUGAUGAGUUAAGGAUACCUUUCCUCGGACUCCAUGAUUUAUAACAAAAGAAAACGGCUCCGUUUGCCUAACUCAGACUUGAAAAUCGGAGGAAAAAGACGCAAUGAAGCCUGAAACAUUUCAGUGACUUUGCCCGACCAGGAGCCCGAGGCGAGUCUGAAUGUAGAUUUAUUUCCCUCUCGCUUUUUGUUGGAGCACAGAAUCAAGCGGAAACUGCUGAACUCUGCCGCAGUGGAGGACCUUUGAGGCCUUUUUCUUAACGGUGCUCGUUUAUUUUUCAAAGCUUUACCGGCCGGGGAAUGUCUAAUCGCAACCGAUAAACUCUUCUAACGGAACUGUACUCACCGGCCACAACGCUGUUUUCUUUCCACUUUUUUGUUUUCUUCCCAUCUGUGUGUGUGUCUGUUUCUGCACAAGUGUUUCUGUGUGUGA